AAGGAACAACAAUUUGAACCUUCCCCUGUUUCUUGCCAAAGGCUUAGAACAAAGGAGAAUGCCACAGCAAGAGUUUUCAAUGGCUCUAAUGAUUCUUCUCAUUCUUCUCUCCAUUGACAUGAUUAUCAUGCAAGGUGCCACAGCUGACUAUGGUGGUUGGGAGAGUGCUCAUGCCACUUUCUAUGGUGGUGGUGAUGCCUCUGGCACAAUGGGAGGUGCUUGUGGAUAUGGGAAUUUGUAUAGCCAAGGUUAUGGAACAAACACAGCAGCAUUAAGCACUGCUUUGUUCAACAAUGGACUAAGCUGUGGAUCAUGCUAUGAGAUGAAGUGUAAUGAUGACCCAAGAUGGUGCAAGCCGGGUUCGAUCAUCGUCACCGCCACCAACUUCUGCCCGCCGAACCCGGCUCUGCCCAACAACAAUGGUGGUUGGUGCAACCCUCCUUUGCAGCACUUUGAUAUGGCUGAGCCAGCAUUCUUGCAAAUUGCUGAAUAUAGGGCUGGAAUUGUGCCUGUUGCUUUUAGAAGAGUUCCUUGCAUGAAGAAGGGAGGAAUAAGAUUCACCAUUAAUGGCCACUCUUACUUCAACCUAGUUUUGGUAACAAACGUUGGAGGUGCUGGUGAUGUUCAUUCAGUUUCCAUCAAAGGAUCAAGAACUGGGUGGCAAUCAAUGUCAAGAAACUGGGGGCAAAAUUGGCAAAGCAACUCAUACCUCAAUGGUCAAACCCUCUCAUUCCAAGUCACCGCCAGUGACGGUAGAACUGUCACAAGCUUCAACGUGGCACCAUCUAAUUGGCAGUUUGGUCAAACCUUCCAAGGAAGCCAAUUCUAGAUUUUUUUUUGAAUUUGGGUUUAGUCUAGUAAAAAAAAUUAAAAAAAAAAAGAAGUUUCUAUACUUAACGAUUUAAGGAAAUAUAUUAUUUAUACUUAUUUUUGUCUCGUAAAUUAAAUUAACACAUGUUUUUAAUUUUUAGAUGAGAUAUUCAAUUCACAUAAAUGAAUUUUAUAUCCUAUAUCUAAAAAUAAAAAAUAUGUAUUUACAAGCUAAAAUAAGUAUA